AUACCAUCAGCUACGGUACCUGGAAUUGGUUUUAUUCAUCUUCUCCAAUUUCAGGAAUUUUCUCCGUCCUAAAUUCGUUUUGGUCGGGAGCUCUACCUUUGAUUUCGCAGCCAUGGCUGAAGAGUCCGACUUCGCCGAUAAGGUUCCUCCCUCCUUUUAUGAAAUGGGAAACAAGAUCAUUUAUGAAACUGAAGCCAAAGGGUUGAACCCGGGAUUGAUAGUGCUACUGGUUGUUCUGGGGCUGCUGCUGAUAUUCCUUGUAGGGAACUAUGUACUUUACUCGUAUGCGCAAAAGACUCUUCCUCCUAGGAAAAAGAAGCCAGUAUCCAAGAAGAAGAUGAAGAGAGAGAGGCUGAAGCAAGGAGUCUCAGCGCCAGGAGAGUAGGACUUCGAGGUCUGAUCUCUUCAGCUCCCCAUGUUAAACUGUUUGCAACUUCCUGUCCCGUGUCCAGUGAGUUACGUUAGUCAGUCAAACUUUAACAUCUUAAUUAGAAGUUAACAUACCUUUGCGUAGAUAAGGAAGUAAAUACUGUUUUUUGUU